UGUCUUACUCUCCCGUUUCCAGCGAGUAAACGCGUAUCGACGCACAUUACCGCCGCGACGCCACCAACAGAGCUACAGGUUAUUCAGCUUUCAGUUCUCUGCGGGCAUCGUCAUGUGAAAUCACGCAGGGUGCAGUUGAUCGGUCACCAGGGAUGAGCAUAGUCCCUUGCAUUAGUGUAAUGAUGUCGGACGAUGCCACCCCUAGCACUAGUGCCGGUACUAGCCAUAGUAGUAGUGCGAAAACGAAAUCAAGUAAGCCGCGGUUGCAGCGAUCAGAAAGAGUGUACAGCGAAUUGCAACUAACGACCUGGGAAUUUUUUAUCAGAGAUUCUUUGCUCACUUUGGCGUGGCCGGACCUCCUCAGCACCAUCAAAAGUGCAAAUGCCAGUGAUCUUAUAUCUCGCCGAGGGGUUUUCUCCAGACGCUAUUACGGUUCAGUGGAACAGCUGCAGCAGACUGAAAACGAUGGGCAGGAGCACGGCAGGAGGUUCCGGAUUGAAAAUGGAGACUCUCCUGGGGAGAAGGAUGAGAUGUUCGGGUCGCCGAGCACGCCCGUGCUCGAGAAUCCGGAGUAUCAAACAAGAUGGUACUUCAAGUAUUUUCUUGGGAGAUUGCACCAAAAUUACGUGGGAACAGAUCACGAAAAAAACCCUUUUUUUCUAAGCGUAGUUUUGAACGAAGACAACAACACUUGCGUGCCCCUUUACCGAGCCAUUUUAUUCAAAAAAACGGGGGCGCAGAAAAUCUCGUUACCCAUGACCCAAAAUAAAAUUCUCACCGUUAAACAAAUCUUGUCGCAUUAUCCAAACAUGGACCGACUCGACAAAGGACCAAAAGAAAUAUUUUCGCCCGAUUUACAAAAAGACUUACUAUUACUAGAGGAACAAGAAGGGUCAGUUAACUUUAAAUUUGGAGUAAUUUACAUGAAGUUCGGCCAAAGUAGCGACGACGAAAUUCUCAGCAAUGAGUUCGGCAGCUACAGGUUCGAACAAUUUCUGUCUUUAUUAGGAGAAAAAAUUAGAUUAAAAGACUGGGAUAAAUAUCGAGGAGGGCUCGAUAUUAAAGCCGACAUGACUGGAAAAUACUCCGUGUAUACGCUUUACCAGGGGCACGAAAUCAUGUUCCAUGUGUCGACUUUGCUGCCAUAUUCCAGAGACAACCGCCAGCAGGUGGAACGGAAAAGACACAUCGGAAACGACAUCGUGAAUAUAGUGUUCGUCGAUGUGGACGACCCCAGCCAGUCGGAAGUUGCACACUCAAUCUUCAACCCCACUUGCAUCAAAUCGCAGUUCACACACGUGUUUGCCGUCGUAAGUUUGGACCGCGAAAAUCAAUAUCGUCUGUCUGUCUUUUCGGAUGAAGCCGUGCCGAUAUUUGGGCCGAGCCUCCCCUGUCCACCGGUCUUCGAAAACCCUUAUCUUUUCAGGGAGUUCCUCUUGGUCAAACUAAUCAACGGCGAAAAGGCGACGUUCGAAACUCCCAUUUUCGCUGGAAAAAGGGAAAGGACUCUGGACAUGCUCAUCAAAGACUUGUAUUCGGAACACAUGGCUGAUACCAAAGGGCCAAUGCUAAACCGGCGUGCUUUUUCCGACGUCCUCGCCGACGCCCCCCGCAGCACCCGGCUCAAGGAAGACUCCCGACAGAUCGAGUUCGUCCGCAUCGGUCAGGCUCUUAAACUUGAAGCAAUAGUUCGUGGCGAUGCGCCAACAAGUCAAGCAUCGGCCACAUGCUCAGGAACCGUCUUCAGGAAGAGCCCCUGGGAGCCCAACUGUUUCUAUCCCGUGUUCCCGGACUACCGGAUAACCUGCGCCGACUCCUGGAACGAAAACAAACUCGUUAUCGCCACCGAAGAAGGGACUUUCGUCGUGGAAGACGGCACUUCCCACCACCAAAUUUUCGACCGGUCCUUGCAAGUGAGGCAACUGAGUGUGGUGGAGGCCCACGGAAUCCUGCUGCUGAGGGCGGCACACUCGAGCAAAGAGUCAAACAGAAUCUACAUCUUCAGACUUUCCAAUAUCGAAUCUUUGGACGCUUCUAAAACCCGUUCGAACGUCAAAGGGCAGCGAUUAGAAAGGACCAGAGGGACAAAUUUGUACUCCAUUUCUCGCUCAGGAGGAGGAAGGCUGAGGAUGUGCGUGGCCAUAGGGCGUCGGUUGCAGAUGUACCAGUGGAAGCACUCGGCUGCGUGGACUACGUGGUGCGCCCCCAAUGAUAACGACACCGUGGAAGGUUUCUCCUUCUAUUGGGAGCUCAACCUCAACGAAACCCCUUCAAUGCUGACAAUACUGGACAACGGCUACAGCAACUGCUCCCCAUCCCCCGGGAACAUCCAGGUCUGCGUAGGGUACAAAAAUCACUGGGACAUAGUGAACGGUCACUCGAACUACGCCCAGCACUUACACACUGUAGAGCUCUCGAGGCCUCAUUUGGUCGCCGCACUCGAUUUAUACGAAGACCAGGAGAUCCAGCUGUUGCUGUGCUACAACCAUACAUGCCACUUCCAGAAAAUAAACGAAGACAGCUCGACCUCGACAGACUUCGACUUCCACUGGAACUCGGUGCCUACGGAUAUCGUUUGCGCUUUUCCGUACGUCGUGGCUUUCAUGAACAAUUCCAUGGAGAUUCGGCUUAUUGUGAACGGGAAUCUUGUUCAUACGAUGUCCAUGCCGAGGAUGCAGCUGGUGGCGGGGAAGAGCGAUAUUUUCUUCGCGACGACGGCGCCGGAGUUCUUUCCGUCGAAGACUGACAGGCUGGCGGUGGAGAGGCAGCAGGAGUUGCAGAGGCUGUCGCCGCCGGCUAGUCCGAACAUUUCCCCGGAAGUUCGUCCUCUGAGGAUCUACCGCAUCCCUAUUACCAGUUUGAGUAAGAGCUCGAAUUCGAACAAGAGUUCGUCAUCGACGGAAUCACCAUCGACCUGGAAAUCCACCGAAUCCAAACUGUCGGUUCCAGAUGCACCACGUGUGUCCAGGAGUGCCACGAGUUCUCCGAUUCCUCCCAAAGCAAAACACUACUAAAUGAUAUUUAUACACAAAUCAUCUAAAAAUCUUUCUAGAGAUGGUCGCGAAUUCGCAUACUGACUGGCUAAAAAAGAAAAUGAUGUUCAAACCGUGGGCUACACAGGGUCACUUUAUAUUCAUAGUUUGAGAAUUUCUGAAGUUGUACAUUUCGUGGACUCUUUUUUGGCCUCAGCGUGUGCUCCUGUACAUAUUCGUUCAUUCAUAGGGUCAUGUGUCUACAGAGUGUUCCGAUUAUACUAGCAAACCCAUUCUGGACGAAUCUACUAGAUGACUUUCAGUGUUCUACUACGUAAUCACACACAAAUCCACAGCAUUGUCCUUGUAUAGACGAAUCUAUUUUGGUAUAAACUGCAUCCCUGUGUACGCUUGGAAACACUCUGUAUCAUAUCAGUGUAAUGUCUCAACUAUCUGUAUCAGUUAUCGUUCUGACUGCACCUCGGACGGAGGAAGGCGAUGAGUUCGGAAAAACGGGUUUUCUGGAAUAUUUCAAACUAUCUACAUCAUAUUCCUUGUUACGUUCAAUCGACAUUCUCGGCCAUCUCUUUUAUUUGAACUUAUGCCUUUCUUAUUCAUUGUGUUUUAUCCAAUUUGCGCCAGCUUUGUGUGACGUUUUUGAUCUACGUGUUUUUCAAUCGGAGUUUUUUAUUGGCUUGUUGGUCAGUACAAAUCUGUUUGCAAAUUGGAUUUAUUCUGUGAUACCACUGUACGUAUAUUCUUUAAAAUUUUCAAGUCAAUGUGAAUAAAAAGUCAACCAAGA